AUGCUCGGACUCUUCCUCGCGCUCGUCUUUGCCGUGAUCCACUACACUCGCCGAGAGCAUCCGAGGUCAUCCGGCGCUUCGCCAACACCCAGGAACGAGUGGACGCGAGAGGAUCGACUGCUGUUUGUGGGGUCUAUGGUCUUGACUGUUACGACGAGCGCGAAUUGGAUAUGCUCGUGCCUCCGCCUUCUGAAGGCCUACCACGCGAGCAGCGGGUCUGCGCCAUCCCACAUCGAGAUGGACAGCACAGUAUCCGCGGCGCAAGUCGUGCUCCGGGUGCUGACCUGGUGUGUCGCGGACAUGGUCGUGAUUAGUCGCGUGUAUGUCGUUUGGAGUGGAAAGCUGGCAGUCAUUAUCUUGCCCGCGAUUUCCCUAGCGGUGCUGCUGGCUAGCGGCAUGGCAAUCGCGUACGAUACUGCGGUGCUCGACGCAGAUUCUCCCGACACCACCUUCGCGAACUGGAAGCUCGUCAACUCGUGGUCUACGAUAUUCACCAACGUAUACUGCACCGGCAUGAUCACCUGGCGCAUCCUGCGCGUCUCGCGGGCGCACGCGCAGACUGGGAAGUCGCCGCUUUCGGCAGCGCUCGCUGCGCUGGUCGAGAGCGCGAUGUUCUAUACCACUAUCGCCAUCCUGACCUACGCGACCGCCGAGGCCGAGCACGUCUCGAACGCCUUCUUCAUCGAGAUCAGCGCGCCGUCGGCCGCGCUGGCGUCUGUGGUCAUACACGUUCGCGCGAUCUGGAGAAGAGAGAGGUGGGGUGGAGAGACCGAGAGGUGGAGAGGCGAUAGGGCGGGGCCGGGGGGAAUGCGUGGGCCCUCUAUGCUAGCGAGCGCGUCUCCCAAGCCAGGAGUAGGCGCGUCGCCGAUGCUGGGAUUGGGCGCUUCGCCGAUGCUGGGAUUGCGCGCAUCGUCAAUGCUGGGAUUGCGCGCUUCGCCAGCGCCGAAAUUGCGCGUGUCUUCCAUAUGCCCACCGGUGUCCCGGCGUCCCGAAGAUCAUGCUCGUGGGUCCUGGGAUGUGGAGGCGCAGAGGAGGGGCGACAAGGCAUCGGGCGAGACACGGGAGUCCGAGAAGGAAUGGGGGACGAGGUCGAGGUCGGACGGUAAUUCAAGCUCGACUUCGACCCUGAGACCGAUGUCGAGCGCUGUCGUACGAUGA